ACAAGUUAUUGAAAAGUAAUUCAAUCAAAUUCUUUGUUGCCAAACACUCUCAUCUGAGAUUUUGUAACAACAAGACCACUACUGCGUGGAAGAGUUCCUUUCUUCCGAGUAUUAUGAAUCCUAUCAUGAAAUUCUAUCAUGUUCAAUUGUUUAAUAAUCAUUCGUGUUCUUCUGGAGGAGGUGGAUGUGGUUCGGGACAUUGUGGAAGUCAUCAUCAUCACGAAGAAGGAAUUGUUCAUAAUGGUGAGGAGGAAGGAGGAUGUUCCUCAUGUGAGCAUCAAUGUGGUGGACAUCAUCAUCACGAUCAUGAUUAUGAAAUUCAAUAUUCUCAUGAAGAGUUGGUGAAAGCAGCAGAUGAAGGAAAUGUUUCUGCUCAAUAUCAUUUGGGAUUAUAUCAUUUUGAUAUGAGAGAAUAUGAGAAGUGUAUUGAAUAUUGUUUGAAGGCUGCCGAACUGGAUUUUGUUCCUGCCUCUACGUUUUUAGGAUAUUGUUACUCAACACUUAAACAAGAUUAUGAGAAAUCAUUCGAGUAUUAUAUGAAGGCAGCAGUGAAAGGAGAUGAAGUUGCACAAUUUCAUGUUGGCCUACUUUAUGAAAAUGGGCAAGGUAUUGAAAAAUCAUUGACUGAGGCUUUAAAAUGGUAUGAAAAGGCAGCUGAACAAAAUCAUGUUGAUUCUCAAUAUAAUAUGGGAUUAAUUUAUUUCAGUGGAGGUGAGGGAGUUGACCCACAAUUGGAAAAAUCAUUCAAGAUUUUUGAAAAAUUGGCAAAUAUUGGAUUGACAGAUGCUCAACAUAUUCUUGGAUUCUUAUAUGUGAAUGGACAUGGUGUUGAACAAAAUUAUCAAACUGCAGUUGAAUGGUUCACUCAAUCUGCAAACCAAAAUCAUGCUGAUUCACAAUAUAACUUGGCAUUGCUCUAUGAAAAUGGAUUAGGAAUUGAGCAAUCUGAUGCAAAGGCUUAUGAAUGGUAUUUGAAAGCUGCAAACCAAGACCAUGUGCUCUCUCAGUUCAGUGUUGGUAACAUGUAUUACGAUGGUAUUGGAGUUGAACAAUCAUAUGAAAGUGCAUUCCAAUGGUAUUUGAAAGCUGCUGAUCUUGGUGAUGCUAGAUCUCAAUUCAAUGUUGGAAUCUCCUACUUUAAAGGUCAAGGAUGCGAGAAAAAUGUCGAGAAAUCCUUAGAUUACCUUCAUCAAGCUCUCAGCAAUGGUCUCACACAAGCUCAACAAGCCAUCGAUGUAAUUAAAACACAGCAAUAACAUUUCU